UUCGUUGAUUUCUUUUCUUUUUUUUCUUUUGAUUCUAAAAAAGUUAUCAAGUUAUUGUAUAAAAUUAAGCAGUUGAUUGUUGCUUGAUUGAAAUUUAAGGAAUUAUUUCAAAUAUAAGAUUAUUCGAAUAAAAUUUCUAUAUUACCAUAUAUUGUUAUUUAUUUUAACAUUCCGAACGAAAAAUAGGUAAAUAAAUGACACUUUUAUGAGUGUCAAACGUACAAAAUUUUCUACCUACUAUCGGUUUUCUAUCUGCUCCUAGCAAUCAUCAGCGCGUGGCGAUGUUUUUUCGCUUCGUUUCCUUAAUCGGAUUAUUAUGGAGAUUCAGUAGAAAAUGAAAUGUGACCAAGCGAACCUAAAUUUCUCCAUAAAACGAGGUCGAAGUAAGAUAUCCGUUAACUGACCAGUCGAGUGUCGAACGUUCAACAAGAAAUACUAUUUACACUUCAUACGAAGAGAUGUUCUCUCUUAGUGAUUAAGAUCGUACUACACCUAAGAAGGUACUACCUACCGAGAAAUGAGGACCGCCUAUUGGUUGUUGUUCCUCGUUGUUCUUUCUAUUCAAAACUCUUUUCAACGGGUCGACAAAAAGAUUAUCGAUUCGGAGAAAAAGUCAGAAAUAUCCUUGAAAAAUGACGAAUUCCCGCAUACGAAGAAAGAUUGGAACAUGAAGAAGUUGCAACAAUUGUUGAAACAGGCGACGAAUUCUUCCUUGAACGCGAUCAGCCAGGUGACUGCCACGAGUCAAGGUCCCUGUACAUGCGGAGGAGGUGUUUGCUCUUGUUGCUCUAGAAUUUUAUUCGACACUUGGAAACAGAAGGCGUGUGUGGAUGUGACAUACGAUCCGGAUGAAUUUAGCUUCACGGCAAAAAUUUCUAUGAAUGACAAUGUUUUUUACUCGAGAACCGUAUCCUGGAAAAAUCCUCGGCCAAUAUGUGUACCAGUGCCACGAUUUCAAUUUAUCAAAGCAUGCGUCCGAUUUUAUAACAUUUAUUUCCAAGGUAGGAAUAUUCAUACGUGUGUGAACAUGGAGGGGAAGUUCAGAGAUAUCACGAUAUUUAAGGUCGGGUUAGAUUGCAUUAGAUUCGGUGCAAACGGCUUGGCACUGGUAAAGCCAGAGGAUGGAGGUGGAUUAGGUCAAAUAGAAUUCUUGCCAGGUGACGAUGAUGAGGAUGAGGACGAUUAUGAUUACGACGACGACGACGAUGACGACGACGAUUUACUUGAUUUCUGAGGAAACCUAAGAUUCUGUUCGUGACGAGCGCGAAGGACUUGAUAGUACAAUUACAUAUUUUUAUUGAUAUUGCGUGAUGACGAAUAUUAUUUAUUGUAUUUUAGUCUUAUAGAUAAGAAUUUAAUGCGACGUUUUGAUUGUAAAAUAAUACGUAAGAGAUUUUUUAUUGGAGUCAAAUUUUUCAAUAUAAUUUUAUAUUGUAUUCAAAAUAUCGUACUAAACUAUUGAAAAUAAUGAUAUUGUGUUAUUAGAAAAAAUAGGUAAAUAAAGAGAUGUAUUCAAAA